AAUGCUGUGUCUGUCAGCACUUGAACUGUUCUAGCUGAGUUUAUUUUUCUAGUGAAGCUUGGAGAGACUUGAACCCUUCAUUUCUUAGACCAAAUUAAAUGUUUGCCUUCUCUCAAAAGCAAAAUUCUGUUCCUGCUCAUCCUGCUUGCAUUUAUUUGAAUUAAUUUUCCUUGAAUAGGAGUGACCAGGAACAAUAUUCCAUUUAGUGGCUCAUGGCCAAGGCACCAGGUAUUUAUUUCAGUGUUGAUAGUUCCCUCUCUUGUGUGACAAUAGUGUGAUCCAUUAAAUCUAAAGGGUCACAUUUGUCUCCUUAGUGGCUGUAUUGUAUUUCUGAUCCGUAGCUGUUCUGUGAUAAAUCUGGGGCUAUUUCUCUUCAGCCACUUGUAGUUUAUACAAGUUCCCUGCAGACACUCUCAUUAUCAGUCCAGACUCAGCAUCUGACACUUUGUACUGGUGAAUCUCUUAAUAUUUCCAUUACUGUGUCCUCCCAGUCUUCCAGUUCUCCUUGUAUUUGUGUUCCCAGUCUUCCUGUAAAAAGUGCUUGCCACAGGCUGAUUCAAUCUGCAAAAUUAACACAAAUGAGUUUACUGAAAAGAUUAGUUCCCAGAUUGAUGCCUGAGUUUUGCUUAUGAUUUUCUAAAUGCCCUUUUACUUAGUCCCUGACCUGCUUUAAAUAUUUCUAUUAUUUCUACAUCUGACUGAAUCAGUAAUUUCCUUGUUGUGGUUUAUCUGAGAGGUGGAAUCUACCUGGACUUCGUUGAUUUACAUCUGUUUAUUUUAUAAACAUGCAAACAGCAGAUUUGGGUCUGGGCUAAACUGCUGAAUUCUACAUUUUCCCUAAUCACUGAAUGUGUUUGGAGAAUGAUCCUUUCCAAAAAUUCACAUUUUAUUUAAUAUUCUUUAUGUAAACCUUAUGAUCUAUAGUAGCCUUUCUUGAGCAGUAAAUUAAAAUUUCUGUAGGAAAUAGGUUUGUGUAUUUGUAUUCAGUGAUAACAAAUAUAACCUGAGAUUUUGGCUAGAAAAGAAACUUAACAACAGUGCUGGUCCCAUGGGAUAGGUAAUAAAAUUGGAAAGAGGAAUUGCAGUAGCUCUCAGACUAAUAAGAAUUUAAAAUUAAAAUGCAAAUAUUAAUCAAAAGGUGAUGACUGAUCAGUAUUUACUGUAAAUUAUAAGGUGUGCAAGCCUGGAGGAGUAAUUGAAAACUACUGGUUCUCCGACAGUUUCUACAGGGAUCUCCUUGGACUUUUUUGACAGUGAAGUGUCUGAAUAGAGCAGCAAAAGUCAAAAAGAAUUCUGGGUUUUGUUGUAAAUGGAAAACAGUGGAAAAGGGAGAGCCACUGUUGAGGCUUGUUGGUGAGCAGCACUUUCCCACCUCCGGAGAGUUAACCUGGAUCCGUGGCUAUCACCAGGGAUCUCAUCAGCUCCUGGUGAUUUUUGGGUGUCCAGUUCUUACGGUGAGUAUUCAUUCAGCAUUCCCAGUGUAGGGUCCAGCAGGGCACAAGGAGCAGGAAUGGACCAUAGCCACACCAGAAACACAGGGUGGAGAGAGGGAACAUUUUAACCCGGGAUUCUUCUGGCACUGUUUAGUGCAUGGAACAGGUGACUUGCUAAUAUAGUUUUUGUGAGCAUUAGUGCUGAAAAUCAGCUUGCUCUGAGUUUCUGUGGCACCGAUGGAGUUGAGGGCUCUGAAGAGAAGAGAGUGAUGUUCCCAGAUGGAGCUGCAGAAGGAGCCUCAGGCGCUGCAUCUCCAGGCUGUGAACUCCAACAUUCACCGAGGAACCGCACAGCCACACGUGAUGACACCACUGGUAAGCAAGAAGAUGGACCAAUUUCUGGGCACACAGAAUCUGCUCACCCUCUGCAGGACGCCCCCCAGGAGAGCCGGCCCGUCAACAGCGAGGACAGAGAGAUGUCCCAGCAUGCCCUUCCCAGUGGUGAGGAUGAUGAGGAUGACAGUGACAGUGACAGCGAUGACGACGACGUGAAGGUCACGAUUGGCAACAUCAAGACAGGAGCACCAUCCUACAUGGGAACUCCUAUGAAUCUAAACUUAAAAACGGGUAGAGGCUAUGGAGCAUCAGCUUCAGCCAAGCUGCAGCCCAAAGGUAUUGACUUGGAUGCUGCAGGGAAUAUAAAUGGAUUGCCUGUGAUAGAAGUGGAUUUGGAUUCAUUUGAAGACAAACCGUGGAGGAAGCCAGGUGCUGAUCUUUCUGAUUACUUUAAUUAUGGAUUCAAUGAAGAAACAUGGAAAGCUUAUUGUGAAAAGCAGCGGCGGCUUCAGCUGGGACUGGACCCUGCUCCUCCCAUCAGCACUGAGAACAAGAUCACGGUUCAGCAGGGAAGAACGGGCAAUGCUGAAAAAGAAGUGGAAAACAACAUCAUCAAAACAGAGUUCAAGACAGACUUCUUGGCUCUGGUGGGAGGACGAAUGAAGGCUGGGCCUCCUCCCAACAGGAAGCUGGGUGGGACCAUUGAUGUGAUCGGGGGCCAGGCAGGCACGAUCCGCAGGGUGGAAGGGAGACGUCGGGACAAACACGCCUCAGAGGAAAACCCCAUUCAGGUCCUGGGAGACCAUGGCAGUAAGCCCCAGCCCCCUCAGCAGCCCCAGCAGCCCUCCCAGCCCCAGCAGCCUCCUCAGCAGCAGCCCUUCGCUCCACCAGCAGGGCCUCCGCCUCCCCCGCUCGCCGGGCCUCCUCCUCCUCACUUCCUGCACCCUCCUCCUCCAGUGACUUCUGUUCCUCCUCCCCUGCAUCCUCCAGGCCUGCCACCUCCAGGUCCAAUUCCAGGGUUGUUCCCACCUCCUCUGGCACCACCACCAGCUCUCCUCAUCCCAACCUUGGAUGGGCAGCCAGCCAGCUACAACAACAGGCAGCCACCUCCCUUUGGCUACAACUCUGCAGAUUCAGGUUUCAUCAGCUACCCCCCUAUCUCCACGUCCCACACACCCUGGGUGACCACGGUGGACAAGGGCACGAGCAGCUCCAGCAGCAGCCACUGGGAGUACUCGGGCUCCAGGCGGGAGCGCGAGCGGGAGCGGGACAGGGAGCGAGACAGGGAGCGAGACCGGGACCGCGACCGCACCCCGACCACCAGUGAAUACAACAAUGAGGACGAGCGGUAUCGCUACUACAGCCGCGAGCGCAGCUACGACUUCGAGCGCGAUUAUCGGCGCAGCCGCGACCGCAGCCGCGAGCGCGAGGAGCGGCACCGCGAGCGCCGCCACCGCGACAAGGACGACAGCAGCAAACACAAAUCCUCCCGCAGGAAGCAGCACGAGAGCGAGGAGGGGGAGAGCCACCGGCGCCACAAGCACAAAAAGAACAAGCGGAGCAAGGAGGAGAAGGAGGCGAGCGAGGACGGCGCCCAGGAGGGCGAGGAGCAGGACACCAAGGAGUGAGGCAGGGCCCCCACCAGGAAUUCACUCCUGUGGAACCAGCAUGGCAUUGGUGAUGUUUUGCUUGGGGGGUGAUUUUUUUUUAUUAUUGUUUUUUACUUUUUUCCAAGGGAAGAGGCUGACUGGGCGAGCCGUGGCACAGCCGGCAGUGCUUCGGGAGCCAAGGCUGCACGUGCCCUUAAACUUCCUUUUUUUUGUUUGUUUUUGAUACAAGACAAUACAGCAGUACUAGUUACAAAGCACUGAGCUACUCUACUCAUCCACAUCCCUAGGGAGAACUUUGGUGUAUCAGAUCCUAUGGUUUCUGAUGGAAGAUGGCUUCAGCUGAAACUAAUGCAAUUAGGUCAUAGUUCUUGGUUCUUUUUGUCACCAUCAUUCCUUUUUGAGAACUAGGACAGUAAGUGCAACUUGAAAUUUAUUGUCCAAAGAGCAGCGUGACUUAGAUCCCAGCAGCCAGCUUACAGUCUGGUGUCCAGAAGUAAAAAGUCUCAUCCCCAAAUAAAUUUCUUUAUAGCUACAAAAACAGAUUCCGAUUUCUCCGUGGCCAGCUGGGUGUGUCAGGAGGAGCUGCAGGUUCUGCUCCAGGUGGGCACGGGGGCCUGCCUGGAUGUGACAGCUUCCAAAAGCUGCUGAGGGCGUUCACACAGCGUGUGCAGAGACUCCAAAACUGGCUUUUUUUAUCCAUUGCAAAUAGUUCUGUCAUGUUACACCUCUGCGUGGGGAAUCAGCGAAGAUCCAUAGCAAGAGCAUGAGUUUCUCUUUAAUUCCUUUUGACUUAACUAUUUUAUUUCCUUUUUUUUUACUAAGAGUUGACUGAAUAACCUAGAGUGCAGUAGAGAACACCAAGUCCCAGUUAGCAGUUUGCCCUCGUGGGGUUGGCAUUUCUAUUUGGGUAUCACCAACACUCCUGUCCAAUGCGUCCCUUUCCCUUAGAUCCCAAAAUAAAUUUAGUCAAAUUCCAGAGUUUCUUUGGACUUGGUAUUGGUUGGGGAAGGGGCAAACAGAGA